UCGAAUUUACUAAAAUAGGCAGCUGAAAGCGGUUUAUCAAUAACCAAGUCAAUAUGUAAAUAAAUAAAAGUUUUGAAAUUUACAUUCAUUGAUGAUUUAGUUUCUGUGCUCUGCUAUGGUCUAGUUUUACUUGAAUAGAACGUCCGUUUCAUUUAUUCAUAAAUAAUGAGAAGAAAGAAUAAUUUUUCGUACCAUUUUCAAGUUUCGUAAAAUAAUGAAACUUGUUAUUAAGCCCCUGGAGUGGGGAGUUUUUGCUAAUGAAUUCACUUUAAAUAGUUCAUAUAUACUGAUUGUUGGAUCUACAGUUGGUAUGGUGAAUACAUUUUUUCCUAGGUGGCAAAUUGCCAUUUAUUCCUUAUUUUUCAGCAUUUUUAUAUUUAUUUUAGAAUACCCUCGAAUGUAUAGAAAAGAUUUAUUUGCUGCUGAAAGAAUGUAUCAAGGCUAUCUUGAACACUUCAUAAUUAAGCUGGGCAUUUAUGGCAGAAGCUAUUAUGUUAGAUUUUAUCUGUACCUUUGGUGAGAAAUUUAUUUACAUAGUAUGU